GGCAAAUGUUGUGCCCUCGCUCCAAAAUGGCGUUACAGUGCUGCUUAGUUGCACCAUUAUCUUGCGGAAACGUAUUACAGCAUUCAUAUAUUCACGGUUUAGAAUGACCCUCAGCCAUUGGUCCUCUGUUAGAUUGACAGGCAAAGCAUCCAAUGAGAGCCCUGAUUCCUGUUUCGUCCGUCCAAUAAAAUCGCAGGUUCUCCCGAGUCUCUGACAGGCGUACAGGAACAUGACAGCAACUAGCAAACAUCUCAUCUGCCUGGCACAACGACGUUAUGGUUUCGCUAGCUGCGUGUUUUUGUCCUAUUUUUGAUUAAUUUUUCUCAGCUGCACACAGCCAAAUAUUAGCAUGUGCAAUUUGAGCUGUUUAAUAAGUAGCAAGGCCGUUUGACACGCUUAAAUCGAAACCAGCGAUUGUUUGGAUUGUUUUUUUGUUUUUUUUAGAGGCCGUGUAUUCGUACAGUCCCUAUUUUCACAGCCUAUUUUCAACGCUUUUUUUUUUUUUUUUUUUUCCCCAACAACCAAUCAACAUUUUUCCAAUUUUUCUGCUUUUAUUAUACAAAAGAUUAUUGCCUACCACUUCGCUGGCAAGGCAUAUUAAAUUUUAAUUUUAUUUUAUAUAUAUUAACAAAGAAUUGGAGUUGACUGCUGUUUGUUUUUCUAACGCAACCAGCACAGCAGCAGCAAAGCUCAAACAAAAUAACAAAAAAUUACUCACCAGCUGCUCAAACACACAACCAGUACCCUCAUCAGAUCUGUCUGACUGAGCUGUCAAUCUGGUAUUUUUGUCUAUUUUUCCUGGUUCAACGACGCACAUUGGUCGAUUUCGCAGACUAUCAGCGACUAAAAAUUGACCCAAGUGCAGAAGUAAAACUGUGAGCUCUUAUCUGUUUGACAGCUCAUCUAUAAAAGUCUUCAGACCUUUUUGAGUGUCGCCACUUACAUGGUUUCAGGAAGAGUUGCCCUGAUUUUUUUAAACCUGGAGUUUUUUGUUGUUGUUGUUCGCGUGUGUUUUUUCCACGGUCGUGUUGCUUAAGUUCUAACAUUUUUAACAUUUUACGUCCAAUAUACAGUCUAAUAUGAGCAAGACUAGUUAAUUUAGUUUGUGUGUGUGUGUGGCAGCUAAGGGACAUUUUUAUUCCUUUAUUUUUUUUAUCCUCCAGCCAUUUGGAAACCAGCGUUAGAUUUGUUUUACAUUUUUCUUACACCCAAUUUUGUACACAUUUUUGGCUCUAAACAUCGACAUAUCUAAACAUUUCCCUUGCUGCCUUACAUAAAAAAAUAUAUUUUAUAUAGUCGUCUCGCUGGAUUGUUUUUUUACUGACUAAAGGAGGAAGAAGCGUGAAGGAACGAGAGGCUAGUGCUUGUUUUUUCCCUCUUAUUUCUGAUCCGGAUUGUCAUUUUAUCGCUUAAAAAUGUCGUCGAUCGAAAAACUGCAGAUGUUGAUCGAAGCAGCUGAAUAUCUUGAUCGAAGAGAAAGAGAAGCGGAGCACGGCUACGCCUCUAUGUUACCGUUCACCAGCAACAAAGAGAGGGAUGGUUUGAAACGAAAAAUAAAAAGCAAGAAAAAUUGCAGCAGCAGGUCUACACACAAUGAGAUGGAAAAGAACAGGAGGGCACAUUUACGACUGUGUUUGGAACGCUUGAAAUCCCUGGUGCCCUUAGGACCAGACUCAAACAGGCACACAACCCUCAGCCUACUUAUGAGGGCUAAGGAACACAUCAAGAGGUUGGAGGACAGUGAGCGGAAGGCCCAGCAUGCAAUAGACCAUCUACAGAGAGAACAAAGGCACCUGCGAAGACGUCUGGAGCAGCUAGGUGUGGAGCGUACACGUAUGGACAGCACGGGCUCCACCAUCUCCUCAGACAAAUCUGACUCCGACCAAGAAGAGGAGGUAGACAUUGACGUGGAAGGAACAGACUAUCUCCUCGGAGAUCUGGAGUGGAGCACCAGCAGUGUAAGCGACUCGGACGAGCGGGGAAGCUUGCGCAGUAGCUGCAGUGAUGAAGGCUAUUCCAGUGCCAGUCUCCGUCGCCUCACCAACCCUCAGGAGAAGAGUCCAGCCCUGGGCUGCAGUCUAUAAGAGCACAGCCUCACCUCGGUUCUCAGCCACUCAUCUCCUACCACGUCAACCUCCUGUCGGGUCCUCUCUAAUACUUAAACUAUGUUUUCUCCAUUGUGACCGAUGAUCUUCACAAAGACUGAAAUGGAAAACAUUUUUUUAUCAACUUGCUCUGACAAAUCCAGUCUGUUGUGUGUGGUGUGAUGGAGUUUAGUCAAGAGGAGGAAGCACGGAGAAAGUAUUGGAGUUUGGACGUGGCAUCCACCAACCAGACCUCAAACAUGCAGCACUAACUGGGAGAAGAGGCACCGCCCUCACCAGGCAGACCUUCUUCACUGAUCCUAACCAAUCCCCACUUUGUCCAGUCAGAUAUUCCACCCAUCAGCUUUCGCACCCCACCCUCCAUCAUGGCCAGUUAUGGAGACAGACACUUGAUUGGAACAUUCCCUCCCCAAAGACCCUAAAAAUACACUUAAAAACCUCAUAAGCCAGAUGAAGAAUGUGUACCAUACCACACCCACUGCCUAGUCCCUGUCACACUCUUUGGGACAAUUGCACCCAAUCGUUCCUUCAAUCAGACUGAACCGUCCAGUAGACACAGGGCUGGGUCACCUGACCAGUUAGCUAACCUACCAGAGCAUGGUAUUUUGCACUUAGAUUAUGAUGUUCGUAGGAGUGGCCUUUUUACACUCAUCUUAAGACAGUUUUGCCUCGUCCCGCUUAAUAAUUGCUGACAGGAUUUGGGAAAGCUGAGAGAUCUGAGCAAAAGGGCAACUUCUACCAUACAGGCAGGGAUCGCUUUGUGUCAAGAUGUGCUGUCAUGUCCUUUCUUUUCAAACGUCUCUUUGAAGGGACUUUUGUAGUGAUGUAUCAGACGUAGUGUGUAAGCUAGUCUUAAAAAUAUCUCUACCUGCACUGUCUAAUACCCGCCCACCACUCCUGUCAAUGCAUUGGGACAUCAAUAUUUUUUCCGGUGUUUCUCCAAUUAAAAUAUCUAUAUAUCCUUUAAACAAGAUAAAAAAAAAUUUAGAAGCAAAAUUAUAUAUUAAGUCUUAUUUUCAGAGAAUUCGAACAAAAUUUUGUGAGGUUUACCCUUAAAAAACUAAAUGAGAAAAAUAUCUGUUUGUCAGUGGGGUAAGAAAAAUAAACUUAAUUCAAAGGGAAAACAAGAUUAUUUUUCUAAUUCUGUUGGCAAAUCGUUCUUCUAGUUUUAAGUAUAAACCUAACUACAUUUUGUCUGAAUUCUCAAAAAAAUUAAAGACAUAACGUCUUAAAGGAAUAUUCUGGAUUAGAUACAAAUUCAGCUCAAUUUACAACAUUUGUGGCAUAAUGUUGAUUACAAAAAAAAUCGACCUUUAUUUAAAAUAAUAAUAAUAAUAAUAAACAAGGGAUGAGUCAAAUACUUUUUGUGUUAAUUAACAUUAUGCCAUAAAUGCUGUCAAUUGAGCUUAACUUGCCUUGACCCCUGAACAUUCCUUGAAGUAAUUUUGCUUCUUAAAUAAAAAGCUUGUUUUGAGGAAGAAAAAAAGGAUUAAGAAAAUAUAAAUAUAUUAUUUAUAGUGUAACCCAGCAAGCACUCACAAUAUUCAUGCUGUGCAAAAUCAUCAGGGUGGUAGCAAUACACACCUUAACUGGACUUACUGGUGGAUACCUGAACAACCUAAACGUCAAUUUUUGACAUCCUAAGCGAAAGGAGCUGUCGGUGGGUUUCGAAUUCUCUUUUUCGUUGUCGUUUUUUUAAGCAACACUGUAUUUUUAAUGCCCCCCAACCUGCCACCUUGAAUUUUACUACUUCUGGGGGACGACACAACUGAAAACACGUUUUCAUGUAGAACCGUUUGCAGCAUGAGAUUCUUUGAAGAGUUUUUGGGUGGGGUUUAUGGGAUGGGGAGUGGGGACGGGGGAAAUGUGGAUCUCAGGUAUCUCUUCCUCUCUCUCUAAGGACAGUGGUGUUUUUUGUGUGUAUGCGUGUGUGAUGCAUCCUCUUGUUCAUGCUUGUUUUCUUUUUUGUCUUGACUGUUCAGCCUCAGAAGUACAAGGGUGAUUCUACAAGCACAUUCCAUGAUAGAGCAGAGCAGUGGAGGUAGUGUUAUUGCAAGGACUGCAGACACUGAUAGAAAGGUCUAAGGCUUCAGAUUACCUAUGAGCUAUGGACCCUCUGUGCUUCUGCGCCAUCAGACUCAUUGUAAGAGUGUGUGUGUGUGAGUGUGUGUUUGCGUCGUUCCUCUGUGGCUGCUGCAUUGCAGUUUUCUUCUGCACCUAGCUAUAUACCAUUUCAGCUAAAUGUAGUCAUGAUAUGUAUAUAGUUAACAGAAAAAUAUGUACGUAUAUUGAUAAAGUAUUUAUAUUUGAUCGACAUAUAUGUUCAAACAUAGACUUUAUAUAUAUGAGAAUAUAUUUAAGUAGUGAUUGCUUUAGUUGCUUUCGUUCUUCCUUUUGUUAGUUUCAAUGUGUAGUUUGAUUUGCACUCUAUAUAGAUACGUAUAAAUAUAUAGAAAUAUAUAUAUAUCCUAAUGUUUUACACAUCCUGGUGCUCACAGAGCCAAAAAUCUUUCAUUAUAUUUUUCUUCUGCACAAAAAUGAAAAUAUGUUGACAAAAAAACAACAAAAGUACAUAAACUGCAUUAAAAAAAUUUAAUUGGAAGUGUUUGUUAGAUUGUUGGUGGCAGUACGAUUGUGGAAAGUUGGUAUGAAAAUGAUAGCUUGUUAUUUUGGUGCCUAGGUAGAACAGAAUUUGUUCCUAUAACACUAGUGAGUAAAAAGGAGCUUUUUCUCGGUUUUCCAUGAAGGAUCUGUAUGUUUGAAUGUAGUGACAGUCUGUCCGUCACCAUUGCAACACAAGCCAACAUCAAAAUAGAGAGUUAUGAAUAUAGAUGCACCAAAAAAAGAUCCGGUAACACUUAACAAUAAGGUUUAUUAGUUAAAUUUACAGCAUUUAUUAAUUUUUAUUUAUUUGUUUAAGGGAUAGUUCACCCAAUAAUGUAAAUUCUCUCAUCAUUUACACACCUUUAUGCCAUCCCAAAUGUGUAUGACUUUCUUUCUUUU